CUGUUUCUCAUAUUGAUUUUCAUUGUCUUUCAUGGCUUCUACUUCAAUAAUGCUUUCUUCUCUUUUCUCCUUCUUCUUCUUGACUUUUUUUGUCACUUAUGCUCAGCAAAACGUCACCGUUCACACAAUUUGCUACUACGAUGGAGGCAACUUCACAUCCAACUCUUCAUAUUCUCUUAAUCUCAACCGUCUGAUCUCUUCUCUACCUGAUCUAACUCCAACCAUCAACGGCUUCUACAAUAUCUCCACCAAUGGAGAAGUCAACGCCAUAGCUUUAUGCAGAGGAGAUGUCAAACCAAAUCAAGAUUGCAUCACUUGCAUCACAACCGCUGCAAAACAGCUACUAGAAAGCUGUCCUAACAUCAUCGAAGCCGAUAUUUGGCUUGAGAAAUGCAUGUUUCGUUACACAAGUCGAAUUAUCUUAGGUCAAAUGGAGCCGGUUCCUUUUUCUUACACAUCAAGCAAUGUUAGUGUGACAGACAAGGAAGGUUUCAGUAAGGGUUUAGGUGAGCUAUUGGAUUCAUUGGGAGAGAAAAUCGACACUGCGAAUGAGACUGAAGAGAUUAAGUUUGCAGCAGGAGUGAAAGGGUCUAUCUACGCGUUGGCUCAGUGUACACCAGAUUUGUCUGAAACAGAUUGUAGAAUCUGUCUUGCUCAGAUAUUUGCUGGAGUUCCUACUUGUUGUGAUGGAAAGACAGGUGGGUGGUGGACGAAUCCAAGUUGCUAUUUCCGGUUUGAAGAGUAUCCAUUUUUCGAUCUCUCGGUUAUUUCAGAACAGAAACAACCUCUUUCUCCUCAUAACAAUAAAACCAGAAGGAGUGAUCAAGGAAACAGUAAAGAUCGGUCUAAAACUCUCAUCUUUGCGGUGGUUCCCAUUGUAACUAUUGUACCAGUUCUUAUGUUUCUCUUUAUCUACUUAAUGAGGAGGAAGAAGAAGAAGACUCUGAAGGAUAAUACUGAAAAUGAAUUUGAGAGUACAGACUCAUUGCAUUUUGAUUUUGAGACCAUAAGAGUAGCAACAGAUGAUUUUUCUUUAACGAAUAAGGUCGGUGAAGGUGGUUUUGGGGUUGUCUACAAGGCUUGGCAAAAUUGGAUUGAAGGAACAUCAAUGGAACUAAUAGAUCAUGUUCUUCUGAAAUCUUACAACAAGAAACAAUCAAUGCAAUGCUUAGAAAUUGCUCUGUCUUGUGUUCAAGAGAAUCCUACAAAAAGACCAACAAUGGAUUCAGUUGUUUCAAUGCUUAGCUCUGAGUCUGAAUCUCUCCAGCUCCCGAAGCCAUCGCAGCCUGGCUUCUUCAGAAGAUCAGCGUCGUUUUCGAUUUCUUUAAACGAUGUUUCUCUCACAGAUUUGUCUGCGCAUUAUCAGUUUGGCUCUGCGACUGCUGAGGUUUACUCAAAUGCAGGGUCUGAUACCGGUGGUGGUAUUGUCAGUGAAGGGUUUCUAAGAUGGAGAAAUGGAGGAGGGAAAUGUCAUAGCUCGGCUCAGAUUGAUUCCUCGGCUUUGGUUGAGUUUGGUGCAGUGGUUCAUGAAAAAGCGGUCUUAGGUGCAGAGGUUCAUGUAGGAUCUGGUACUGUAAUUGGACCAUCAGUUCAAAUCGGUCCUUCCACAAGAAUCGGCUAUAAUGUUUCAAUCAGCAACAGUAGUAUUGGUGAUUCUUGUGUUGUCCACAAUGGAGUCUGCAUAGGUCAAGAUGGCUUUGGUUUUUACGUUGAUGAACAUGGAAACAUGGUGAAGAAGCCUCAAAAAUUAAACGUAAGUAUAGGGAGUCGUGUUGAAAUUGGAGCAAAUACUUGCAUAGAUCGAGGCAGCUGGAGAGAUACCGUAAUCGAAGAUGAUACUAAGAUAGACAACUUAGUGCAGAUAGGUCACAAUGUGAUCAUAGGAAAGUGUUGCUUGCUUUGUGGUCAAGUAGGCAUCGCUGGUUCAGUAACAAUUGGUGACUAUGUGGCUUUGGGAGGACGAGCUGCUGUUCGAGAUCAUGUCUCCAUUGUAUCCAAGGUUCGACUUGCAGCUAAUAGUUGUGUUACUAAAAACAUCACUGAGCCAGGAGAUUUUGGAGGCUUUCCUGCUGUCCGGAUUCACGAAUGGAGAAAGCAGAUUGUUCGAGCUCAGAUUGCGAACAAGAGAAAAACUUGAAUCGAUGUAUUUGAUUUUGAGUUUUUACUAAUUUUGCUUCAUGUUUUACAGAUAUCAAUGUAGCAACACAAAGCUUUAAAAACAGUUUAAACAACAAUCACGUCAAGAUUCGUGUACAAGUGAAGAUUGCAACUAAACAGUGAUUUGGACUUACAAAGUAAAAAACCAAUAAUAUCUAUUAAUAAAUGUAUCAUGUACUU